AUUCUUCUGCUUGAUGAGGCAACAUCAGCACUGGAUACCGAGAGUGAAUCAGUUGUGCAGGCAGCACUGGACAAGGUCAGGAAAGGACGGACUACACUUGUUGUCGCUCAUCGUUUGUCGACAGUUCGCAAUGCAGAUCUUAUAGCUGCAUUUGAAAAUGGUGUCAUCACAGAACAAGGGACUCAUAAUGAAUUAAUAGAACAGAAGGGAAUUUACUGCAAGCUUGUUAAUAUGCAGGCAUCAGGAACUGAGGAUCAGCUACAGGAGGAAAGUAAGACACCAGUUGUCUCAGAGGAGGUACAGAAGGGAUCGUUACUGACUGGACAGAAAAGACAAUCCACUCGGAAAAGCACGAAAAGGUUUAGAAUACAGAAUGAUGAACGUGAUCUAGAAGAUGUUCAGCUUGUGAGUGUCUCUGUAUUCACACCUGCAUGUGUUUUCCUUAACAAAUCGGAUAAGAAAGAAAGUAUUAGAUACAGAGUAACAGACAAAAGUGUACCUCCAGUUUCAUUUUUUAAAAUUAUGGACCUGAAUAAAACUGAAUGGCCAUACUUUGUUAUUGGAACUUUAUGUGCUAUUGUCAAUGGGGCCUUGCAACCCAUAUUUUCAGUCAUCAUUUCAGAUGUUGUAGGGAUGUUUGUAGAAAAGGGAGAGGCUGCCAUCAGUGAGACAAAUAGCACAUAUGCACUGCUGUUCUUAGGUUUUGGGCUAAUUUCUUUUGUCACUUUUUUUCUUCAGGGCUUCACAUUUGACAAAGCUGGAGAAAUCCUUACAAUGAGACUUCGAUCCAUGACAUUUAGAGCAAUCCUGAGACAGGAGAUCAGCUGGUUUGAUGAUCCCAAAAAUAACACUGGAGCAUUGAUUACAAGACUUGCUAAUGAUGCCUCACAAGUGAAAGGAGCUACAGGUUCCAGACUGGCAUUAAUUGCCCAAAAUGUAGCCAACCUUGGGACUGGGAUUGUUUUGUCAUUGAUCCAUGGUUGGCAGCUGACUCUUCUGCUUUUAGCCAUUGUGCCAGUUAUUGCUGUAACAGGAAUGAUUCAAAUGAAAAUGCUUGCUGGUCAUGCAAAAACAGAUAAGAAGGAACUGGAAAUCUCGGUAAAGAUUCCAAAAAAAGCCAUAGAAAAUAUUCGAACUGUUGUUACUUUGACUCAGGAAAGAAAAUUUGAGCUUAUGUAUGGACAAAGUUUGCAAGCAUCAUAUAGAAAUUCUGUAAAGAAGGCACAUGUCUUUGGAUUUACUUUUGCCUUUACACAAGCUAUUAUGUACUUUACUUAUGCUGGAUGUUUUAGGUUUGCUGCCUAUCUAGUGAGAAACGGACAUACAAGGUUUAAAGAUGUGCUUUUAGUUUUUUCAGCUAUUGUAUUUGGUGCAAUGGCAUUAGGACAAAGCACUUCCUUCACUCCAGACUACGCCAAAGCCAAGAUGUCAGCUGCUCAUUUGUUCAUGCUGUUUGAAAGAGUACCCUCAAUAGAUAGCUACAGUGAGGAGGGAGAGAAGCCUAAAAUAUUUGGUGGAAACAUAACAUUCAGGGAUGUGACAUUUAACUACCCAACCCGACCAGAGGCCAAAGUGCUCCAAGGCUUGAACAUGAACGUCGAAAAGGGACAAACUCUGGCCCUUGUUGGUAGCAGCGGCUGUGGAAAGAGCACUGUUGUCCAGCUGCUUGAGAGAUUUUAUGAUCCACUCAGUGGAGAAAUGCUCCUGGAUGGCCAAAAUGUAAAGACAAUAAAUAUCCAGUGGCUGAGAACUCAGAUUGGUAUCGUCUCACAAGAGCCGAUCCUGUUUGACUGCACCAUUGCUGAAAACAUCGCCUAUGGAGAUAACAGUCGGCAGGUGUCAUGUGAGGAGAUUGUCAGUGCAGCAAAAGAAGCCAAUAUUCAUUCCUUCAUUGAAUCGCUACCACAGAAGUACAACACACGUGUGGGGGACAAAGGAACGCAGCUCUCCGGUGGUCAGAAGCAACGUAUCGCUAUUGCCCGAGCUCUUGUACGUAAGCCCCACAUCCUGCUGUUAGAUGAAGCCACUUCUGCGCUGGAUACAGAAAGCGAAAAGAUCGUCCAGGAAGCUCUGGAUAAAGCCAGGGAAGGUCGCACCUGCAUCGUGAUAGCUCACCGCCUCUCCACCAUCCAAAACGCUGACAAGAUUGCCGUGAUCCAGAAUGGCAAGGUCAUAGAACAAGGGACCCAUCAGCAGCUCCUGGCUCAAAAAGGCAUCUACUAUGCUCUGGUCAAUGUUCAAAGUGGGUCAAGCAACAUGUGA